CAGGAAAACGAAGGCAUUUUUCAACCAGAAUCUUCGAUGGUACCAAUUAACAGUGUGGAAGAUGAUGACGGUUAUAUUUUUGAGGAUAUACCCGAAGUUGAAUUGGCGUCUUCUUUGGAAGUGGAAGAAAUAGAUUACAAAAAUUUGUCAAACCUGGAUUCUACCAAACCAUCGAUUUCUACACUUGCUUCUAAGCAUUCACCUACUUAUUCAAGCAAAUCAAUGUUUACAUACAGCAAUCCUUUUGAUCUUUUGAAAAAAUCUCCACCACCCUCUCCUAACCGUGAUCCAGUGGUUCAUCACAGAAACUCUUCACCUCCGCAAAAGAAAGGAGAGUCUUCAAUGCAAAAAGACGGAGGUACGUCUUACAAACCUGAACAGUCUCUUCCGUUUCUUCCCGAGUUAUCCGCAUGGAAUGUACGUGCAAACAUAUUAUCCAGAGGUCAACCAAGUAAUAAUAUUCCGGAUGGUGUUAGACUUCCAAGAGGUGUUAUUCUGUACCGUACCGGAGAGCGAAACGAAAGA